AUGGAUGACGGAGAAGGGGGUUUAAGCUUUGAUUUCGAGGGGGGUCUAGAUAUGGGCCCGACACAGCAUCAUACAUCAUCGGUACCCGUCACCCAUUCAUCGGCGGGCCCGAUUACCGCCUCUGCAGCCGCCACCAAUGUCAAUAAUUCCCCAGCCGCCCAAGUUCAGGUGGUUCAGGCGGUAGAUGGUAUGAGCGGAGCCGGUGGCGGGGGUAGGCGGAGCUUCCGGCAGACGGUGUGCAGGCAUUGGUUGCGAUCCCUUUGCAUGAAGGGUGACGCCUGUGGAUUUCUCCACCAGUAUGACAAGUCGCGGAUGCCCAUCUGUCGGUUUUUCCGGCUCUAUGGGGAGUGCCGUGAGCAGGACUGUGUGUAUAAACACACUAAUGAGGAUAUCAAGGAAUGCAAUAUGUAUAAAUUAGGAUUUUGUCCAAAUGGUCCUGAUUGUCGGUACAGGCAUGCAAAGUUGCCUGGUCCUCCACCUCCUGUGGAAGAAGUUCUUCAGAAGAUUCAACAGUUGACAUCCUACAACUAUGGAAACUCAAACAGGUUUCUUCAAAAUCGUAAUGCUAAUUACUCCCAGCAGACAGAAAAACCACAGUUCCAACAAGGACCCAAUGGAGUGAAACAGGUAGUAAAUACAACCACGACAGAGUCCGCUAAUGUGCAUCAGCAACAAAAUCAACAGUCUCAUCAGCAGGUCAGCCAGACUCAAAUGCCGAAUCCUGCUAAUGGCCAGCAAAAUCAAGCUAGUAGGACUGCGACAUCCUUGCCCCAGGGAACAUCUAGGUAUUUUAUUGUCAAAAGUUGCAACCGUGAGAAUCUGGAAUUGUCUGUACAACAAGGAGUAUGGGCAACCCAGCGAAGCAAUGAGCCUAAACUAAAUGAAGCUUUUGAUUCUGUUGAAAAUGUCAUUUUGAUCUUUUCAGUCAACAAGACAAGGCAUUUUCAGGGUUGCGCAAAGAUGACAUCUAGAAUUGGUGGCUCUGUCAGUGGAGGAAAUUGGAAGCAUGCACAUGGAACUGCUAACUAUGGGCGGAAUUUUUCUGUCAAGUGGUUAAAGCUCUGUGAAUUGUCCUUCCAUAAAACACGGCAUUUGAGAAACCCAUUCAAUGAGAACUUACCAGUGAAAAUAAGCAGAGACUGUCAAGAGUUAGAGCCCUCUAUUGGUGAGCAGUUGGCAUCCUUACUCUACCUUGAGCCGGACAGUGAACUUAUGGCAAUCUCUGUGGCAGCAGAAUCAAAACGAGAAGAGGAGAAGGCUAAGGGAGUCAAUCCUGAAAACGGGAGUGAAAACCCAGAUAUUGUACCCUUUGAAGAUAAUGAAGAGGAGGAAGAGGAGGAAAGUGAAGAAGAGGAUGAAAGCUAUGGACAGGGUUUUGGACCAGGAGCUCAAGGAAGGGGAAGGGGCAGAGGAAUGAUAUGGCCUCCUCACGUGCCUCUAGCGCAUGGAGCCCGACCCUUCCCUGGGAUGCAGGGCUUCCCACCUAACAUGAUGGGUGGUGAUGGUUUUCCUAUGCCUGAUGUUUUUGGUAUGGCUCCCCGGGGCUUUGGACCAUAUGGUCCUAGAUUCUCGGGUGAGCUCAUGGGUCCCAGCUCGGGAAUGAUGUUUCCUGGACGGCCUUCUGGAGGAUUUGGGAUGAUGAUGGGUCCAGGAAGACCCCCUUUCAUGGGUGCUGGUGCUGCAACCCCAGCACGAGCUGGGCGACCAGGUGGUAUGCCAUUUUUUCCACCUCCAUCACAACCUUCACAAAAUUUUAAUCGACCCAAGAGAGAUCAGAAAGCAUUAUCUGGCUAUCGGAACGAUAGAUUCAGUUCUGGUUCAGAUCAAGGUAUGGCUGGAUCUAUUGGUGGACCCAAUGAUGAGGCAUUGAAUCAGCAAAGAGGGAAAGCUCAAUCGGAGGAUCAAUAUGGCGCUGGAAAUAACUUCAGAAACGACGAAAGUGAAAGCGAGGAUGAAGCUCCAAGAAGGUCGAGACACGGGGAAGGAAAAAAGAAGAGGCACAGUACGGAGGUAGAUGCUACCACUCUCUCCAAUCAACCGCAUUGA